GCCAAAACAAUGUGUCAUAGCUAACGAAGCUACAUUUCAUGAAACCGAGUAAAAGAUUUAUACUGAAUCACUGUUGCAAUUUGAUAGUGCAUUGUUAAUAACCCAGCUAUGUCUACGUUCAUAGAAAAUGUGUAUAUAAAAGAUGGAGAGUAUACUAAAACGAUAUACAGUAUGAUAAAGGAACAGCGAUACACCGAAACUAUUAAAGUCUUGCUGAACCUUUUAGAUUCUUAUCCUAACUCCAGGCCUUGCUUGUCUCUCCUCGCCCAUUGUUACUUUUAUACGCAAGAUUUUAUGGCUGCGUCUCAGUGUUAUGAGAAACUGGUUCAACUGUGCCCAGAGGAGACCGUAUACAAGCUUUAUUAUGCCCAGUCGCUGCAUCAGGCUUGCAUGUAUCCGGAGGCAUGGACAGUCUGCUCGAGCAUCAUCAAUCAGAGUAAUUUAGAGUACAAGGUAAAAAAGUUACAGGCAGCUAUAAAGUAUGGCCAAGAGGAUAUGGUCGCAGCGAAGAAUCUUGUCGAUCAGUGUCCGGCUGAUGACGUUGACACGGAAAUCAAUUUGGGGUGUCUCUUGUACAAGGAGGAGCAGUAUGAGCAGGCACUCAAGAAAUUUUCGAAUGCGUUACAAAUUGCGGGAUUCAAGCCGCAUUUAUCAUACAACGUCGCGCUUUGUUAUUUUAAACUGAAGGAAUAUGCAGCGUCACUGAAACAUAUCGCAACUAUUAUCGAGCACGGUAUAAGAGAGCAUCCGGAGUUAAGCGUGGGCAUGACAACUGAGGGUAUCGAAGUUAGAAGCGUCGGGAAUACGUUAACUCUGCACGAGACAGCUUUAACAGAGGCGUUCAACCUGAAGGCUGCCAUAGAGUACCAAUUGCAAAACUAUGAUGCAGCGAAAGAGGCGUUGACGGACAUGCCACCACGCUCCGAAGAGGAACUGGACGCUGUCACGUUGCACAACCAGGCGUUGAUAAAUAUGGGCACGAAACCGAGCGAAGGAUUCGAGAAGUUGCAGUUUCUGCUGCAGCAGAAUCCAUUUCCACCCGAGACUUUUGCCAAUUUGUUACUUCUCUAUUGUAAAUAUCAGUAUUACGACUUGGCUGCUGAUGUCCUAGCUGAGAACGUACACCUAACUUACAAGUACUUAACGCCAUACUUGUACGAUUUUUUGGACGCGUUAAUAACGCAGCAAACUUCGCCGGAGGAGGCGUAUCGUAAAUUCGACGAUCUCGUUAAUAAACAUACAGAGGCAUUGCGCAAAGCGACUAAACAAGUGCAGGAAGCAAGACUGAAUCACGAUGACAAUGCCGUGAAGAAGGCGGUAAAUGAUUACGAGGAGGCGCUCGACAGAUAUGUACCCGUUCUAAUGGCGCAAGCGAAAAUUUAUUGGGAUCUAGAAAAUUAUGCCCAGGUGGAGAAGAUUUUCAAGAAGAGCGUCGAGUUUUGCAACGAGCACGACGUGUGGAAAUUAAAUGUAGCGCACACUCUUUUCAUGCAGGAGAACAAGUUCAAGGACGCGACGCGUUUCUACGAGCCAAUUGUUAAAAAGAAAUAUGACAAUAUCUUGGAUGUAAGUGCGAUAGUUCUCGCGAACUUGUGCGUCAGCUACAUCAUGACCUCGCAAAACGCGGAGGCCGAGGAGCUAAUGAAGAAGAUCGAGAAGGAGGAAGAGGCGGUGUCGUUUGAGGAUCAGGACAAGAAACUCUUUCACUUGUGCAUCGUAAACUUGGUAAUUGGAACGUUGUACUGCUCCAAGGGCAAUUACGAGUUUGGCAUAUCUCGAGUAAUGAAGAGCUUGGAGCCGUACAACAAGAAACUCGGCACGGACACCUGGUUCUACACCAAGAGAUGCUUUUUAUCGCUCCUGGAGCAAUUGGCGAAACAGAUGGUCGUCUUGCAAGAUACCACGCUGCAGGAAUGCAUUCAAUUCUUGGAGCAUUGUGAAGUUUACGGUAAAGACAUAAUGACAGUGAUCGAUCAGCCGUUCGAUGUACAGGAUAUGCUGAACGUUUCUCCCCAAGGCAAACGGACAGUAGUUUACGAAGCGCGAUACCUCAAAGCAUUAUUUUUGAAAUUACAAAUGUCUUACUAAGGAUGUGACUUCCUUGAAGAUUGAUGAGAAAAUUGUAAGAAUCUGAUUUAUGUAACAAAAUGUACAAAACAAGGAAAUAAAUUUUAGAUUUAAUAAUUAAA